AUGGAGUCCAUUGUAAACUGCCACCUCAUGAGGUACCUUGAGGAUCACCAGCUGAUUAGUGACCGCCAAUACGGUUAUCGCCGUGGUCGGUCAGCUGGUGAUCUUCUGGUCUACCUAACUCACAGAUGGGCGGAGGCAGUAGAGUCCAAGGGGGAGGCAUUGGCCGUUAGUUUGGACAUUGCGAAGGCCUUCGAUCGGGUUUGGCACAAAGCGCUUCUUUCGAAGCUCCCUUCCUAUGGGCUUCCCGAGAAAUUGUGCGAUUGGAUCACCAGCUUUAUUGCAGAUCGGAGCAUCAAGGUCGUUGUAGACGGUGCAAGCUCCGAUUGCAAGCCUAUUAACGCUGGUGUUCCACAAGGCUGCGUGCUAUAG